AUGCCUAAAGCCACCACCCCUCCCCCGGUCUACGCCGCCCUCAAGGACACGGCCCUCUUCACCCCGUUGAAGCUUGGAGGCCUGAGCCUCCAGCACCGUAUUGUUCAGGCACCAUGCACCCGUAUGCGCAGCGAGUUUGAGUCUCGCGGAGUUCAUGUCCCGGGUUCCCGCGUGGUCCAGUACUAUGGUGCGCGCGCCAGUGCCGGCGGUCUUCAGAUCACCGAGGCCACCGACAUCUGCCUCAAUGCCAGUGCCUACCCUGGCGUGGCGGGUGUCUUCACAGACUCUCAGCUGCAAGGCUGGAAGAAGGUGACAGAUGCCGUUCACGCCAAGGGUGGCUUCAUCUAUGUUCAGCUGUGGCACACUGGCAGAGCCUCAUCCGCUGGCAUGCGCGGAGGCGAGACUCCUAUCUCAUCAGGAACUCAGCCCAUGGACGGAAAGUACCUCGACGGCACUGAGUGCAAGGAUGGACCUCCCAGGGCAAUGACCGUGGAGGAGAUCAAGGCUCUCACUGCUGAGUGGGCGGCUGCUUCCAAGCGUGCCGUUGAGGUGGCUGGUUUCGACGGUGUUGAAAUUCACGGUGCGAACGGUUACCUCCUUGAGCAGUUCCUCCACGACAACAUCAACACCCGCACGGAUGCCUACGGCGGCUCCAUCGAGAACCGCUCAAGAUUCCUGCUCGAGGUUGUCGAGGCGGUCGCCGCCGCUAUCGGCCCUGAGAAGGUUGGACUUCGCCUCUCACCUUACAACUACUUCCAAGGCACCAAGGACAGUGACCCCAACAAGCACUGGACCUACAUCUCAGAGCGCCUGGCCGGGCUUCCUGAGAGCCAAAGACCUGCCUAUGUCCACAUGAUCGAGCCCCGCUUCGAUGAGGUUCUCGACGAGGAGCAGAAGCUGGCUUCUCUCGGCAAGCAGAGCAACAACUUGACCCAGUUCAGGGACAUCCUCAAGCCUGCCGAUAUCCACUUCCUCACUGCGGGGAAUUUCAACAGAGACAACGCGCCGACGAAGGUGAAGAGCGGCGAGGCCGACGCGAUUGUCUUUGGCAGGCACUUCAUCGCCAACCCCGAUCUUGUGGAGCGCUUGAAGAGCGGUUACGCCCUGAACCCUUACGACCGAACCACAUUCUACGGCGCGGAGCCCCCUGAGAAGGGUUACAAUGAUUACGAGUUUUACAAGGUCGAUAAUGCGGAGGUCACGGCGCAGGCAUAA